AGAGUGGAGAGGGCGGGGCCGGCGGGAGGUUGGACGGAGAGUCCGGGCUCCGCAGUUUGGGAGGAGGCGAAGGUUAGGAAGCUGAAUCAGAGCCGGGUGCUGGGAUGGGAGAAAAAAGGAGGAGGACAAAGGAAAGGAGGUAAGUAAAUAGCGAGGACGCGGGGCGGGCCACUCUCGCAUGCGUGUGAAGAGGCAAAUCACGCGGCCUCGCGGUCGCCAUGGCGACCCGACGGGUGGGGGCAGGCAGCGUGCUGCUGGGCGUUGUGACGUGGUGGAGCAGGCAGCAGGCGGCGCAGACGGUUUCCCUGCGAGGCAGGCGUGCGGUCAGAGCUGUCAUGGACCUGGGACACAUGAGGAAGAGUUACCUCAAGGACCAAGAGGCCUUCGAGGAGGCGCACCUGACCUCGCUGGACCCCAUCCAGCAGUUCUCCGCCUGGUUCGAAGAAGCCUCCCGGUGCCCGGAGGUGUAUGAAGCCAAUGCCAUGUGCCUGGCCACCUGCACCAGGGAUGGAAAGCCUUCUGCCCGAAUGUUGCUGCUAAAGGGCUUUGACCAGGAUGGCUUCCGUUUCUUCACUAACUUUGAAAGCCGAAAAGGAAAAGAGCUGGAUUCUAACCCUUUUGCCUCCCUCGUCUUCUACUGGGCGCCCCUCAAUAGACAGGUGCGUGUCGAAGGGCAGGUACAGAGGCUGCCAGAGAAGGAAGCUGAACGAUAUUUCCACUCCCGCCCUAAAAGCAGCCAAAUUGGUGCAGUUGUCAGUCACCAGAGCUCUGUUAUUCCAGAUCGGGAGUACCUGAGGAAGAAGAAUGAGGAGUUACAGGGGCUGUACCAGGAGCAGGAUGUGCCCAAGCCUAAAUAUUGGGGUGGCUAUAUUCUCUACCCAGAAGUGAUAGAGUUCUGGCAGGGUCAAACCAACCGUCUGCAUGACCGGAUUGUCUUCCGGAGGCUGCAGCCCGGAGAGCCUGCACCAGGGCCUAUGACCCACCCUGGGACAAAGGACUGGCUGUAUGAGAGACUCUCACCAUGACUGACUGCUGAUGAUUGGACCCUCUCAGCCCACAGUGCAACCUGGAACAGAGUGGUGAGCAAUUCAAGGGAGUUUCCAUCAGGCUGUAAGCCUAGCCCACUCAAUUCCACAUUCAAGGCCUUGCCAACUUUGACAUCUAAACACUUUGUACUAAGUCAGCUCUUAUUUAUCCCUGGUUUAUGAACAGGUAAUGAAAACAGAACCCCAAAAUCCAAAAUUGGAUAAUCAAGAAAUCAUUUAGAUUUGGGUUUGAGUGUUUUCAGAACCACAAGAUUACACAUGUACAUAUUUUUUGGAAACAAAGUUGCUGUCCCAAUAACUGACUUCAAAUACUUGAAUGACUGGCAUUCACAAUGAAGGGAAUAUUUAUUGGCGUAUCCCUAAAAGGCAGACCUAGUGGUUAGAGGUCACAUGGAGGUGAAUGAUCUUCCGUAAGAAUCUUCUAGUAGGAAUUCCAAAGUGGAGUAAACAGUCAACUAGAUGUGCUCUAGAGGCCUGUUUUUUCCCGUUCUAAGAUUGACUUGAACCAGUAGUAAUUACAGAAGCGCACAAUGAUGAAAUCAGUUUGCAUUGUCCAGCCAUGUCCUGGUUGGAGUGGGGCCAGUGGGCUGGGAGGAUUCCAGUUUGGGAUUAAACAUUCACUGUGACUCAUCUGUGUGUGAGAGAAAGUUGAUUGCUGCUUGAGCUGUCCCUUGUUGUCCUGACUGCUUUGUGAACUUGUAUAUGUGUUUCUUGAUAGCUGAGCCUGCCUCGGUCUGUCUCCCCACCUUGAUGACAACUCUAGAGCAGGAGUCAUCGAACUUCAGACCACACUCACUCAAGCCUGUUUUGGUUAGGGCCCCAGGAGCUAAGAAUAGUUUAAAAUUAUAUCGUAUCUAGAAAAUGUAAAAAAUACUCUUGGGGCAGCUAGGUGGCACGGUGAAUAGAGCACCUGAGUUCAAAUCUGGCCUCAGACACUUGACACUUACUAGCUAUGUGACCUUGGGCAAGUCAACCCCAAUUGCCUUACCUUCCCCCCCUCCAAAAGAAAUACUCUUAGCUCCCAGGUACUUGGGGUCACAUUGGCUCUUCAGGCCAUAGUUUGCCCCUCCCCUGCUCCAGAGCCCAGAGUAGAGUUUCUCUGGACCCUACAUGGCUGUGCACACGGGAGCGAGAGCUGAGUUCACUUUUGUGACUGAUGGCGGGACAUAGGAGCCUAAUCUCUGUUUCUGUACCUGUAUUAUGUCAUGUCGAGUAGAUUACCAGCUGAGCUGGAUGUGUGUGGCGGGGUGUAUCUAUCUAGACGUGCAAUAUGGUCUGGUUGUCAAGGCACAUUUGAUCCCUCCUCACCCUGGUCUAGUCCCUGGGUGCCGCUCUGUACCCUUCUUACAUCCUGUUACCUCUUGUACUAGUCCUGAAAUAAAAUCUUCAGCUGUGCUGUUUAAUGUUCA